GAGGAUCGACCGAGGAUGAACCGCACAGAAACGCUCAUGUCCACCACCAGCUCCACUGCAACACAGAAGAAGAGGAGUCAGCAUGUGAAGAAGCAGGUUCAGGGGUCCAACCAGGUCCAGCGCGCACCAAGAGCUCUUUACUGCCUUAAACUGAACAACCCCAUCCGCAGGGCCGCCCUCCACCUGGUGGAAUGGAAACCAUUUGAUAUCUUUAUUCUCCUGGCCAUCUUCGCUAACUGUGUAGCUUUGGGUGUCUCCAAGCCUUUUCCAGAAGAUGACUCCAAUGCCACCAACCAUGACCUCGAACAAGUUGAAUAUGUUUUCUUGAUUAUCUUCACUAUUGAGACAUUUCUGAAGAUCUUGGCAUACGGCCUCGUCAUGCAUCCCAGCUCAUACAUCCGCAACGGCUGGAAUUUACUGGACUUCGUCAUCGUCAUUGUGGGGUUGUUCAGUGUGGUAUUAGAGACUGUUACUCACAAAUCUGGUGAAACAACUUCCCACACACCAGGAAAACCUGGAGGUCUGGAUGUCAAAGCCCUUCGAGCCUUCAGAGUUUUACGACCCCUCCGACUGGUUUCAGGAGUGCCCAGCCUGCAGAUUGUGUUAAACUCCAUCAUGAAGGCGAUGGUUCCCCUGUUGCACAUCUCUCUGCUUGUCCUCUUCGUUAUCAUCAUCUAUGCCAUCAUUGGACUGGAGCUCUUCAUAGGACGUAUGCAUCGCACCUGCUUUUUUAAAGGCACAGAUAAUUAUGCGGACGAUGAUCCUCUGCCCUGUGCGUUUGCGGGUCAUGGUCGCCAGUGUUAUGUCAAUGGCUCUGAGUGCAGGGGAAAGUGGGACGGGCCGAACGGCGGCAUCACGAACUUUGACAACUUCUUCUUUGCCAUGUUAACAGUAUUCCAGUGCAUCACAAUGGAGGGCUGGACAGACGUCUUGUACUGGAUGAAUGAUGCAAUUGGCUUUGAGCUACCAUGGGUUUACUUUGUCAGUCUGGUCAUCUUUGGAUCCUUCUUCGUUCUCAAUCUUGUGUUGGGUGUGUUGAGCGGAGAAUUCUCCAAGGAGAGAGAGAAGGCGAAGGCGCGUGGAGAUUUCCAGAAGCUCAGAGAGAAGCAGCAGAUGGAGGAGGAUCUGUGUGGAUACAUGGACUGGAUCACUCAGGCUGAGGAUAUCGAUGAGUUUGAUGAGGAUGGAAACAGACGUGUGACCUUGCGUGACCUUGCUGAUAAGAAGAGGGGGAAAUUCGGCUGGUUCAGCCACUCGAACGAAACCCAUGCAAGCCUUCCAGCAAGUGAAACAGCUUCGGAAAACACUGAAAACAUAGAUGAAGAACACACAGAUUGUUGUGCUGCGUGCUGCGCUCGCAUUAUGAAGAUCCCAUGCUGUCGUGCCCUGCGUCGCUGGAACCGCUGCAUCCGAAGAAACUGUCGUACGGCAGUGAAAUCUGUGACAUUUUAUUGGCUGGUGCUGAUCCUGGUCUUCCUCAACACAGCUCUCAGUGCCUCAGAGCAUUACAACCAACCAGAGUGGCUCACAGACGUUCAGGACAUCGCCAAUAAGGUUCUCCUCUCGUUGUUCACAGUGGAGAUGCUGUUGAAAAUGUACAGUCUGGGGUUGCAAGUGUAUUUUGUGGCGUUUUUCAACCGCUUUGACUGUUUCGUCGUGUGUGGUGGGAUUCUGGAAACGGUUCUAGUGGAGAUGGAGAUCAUGCCGCCUCUCGGCAUCUCAGUGUUACGCUGUGUUCGCCUGCUUCGAAUCUUCAAAGUCACACGGCACUGGACAGCUCUGUCCAAUCUGGUGGCCUCGUUGCUCAACUCAAUGAAGUCUAUUGCCUCCCUGCUGCUUCUGCUCUUCCUCUUCCUCAUCAUCUUCGCUCUGCUUGGCAUGCAGCUGUUUGGAGGGAAGUUCAACUUUGACGAGACUCAGACCAAGAGGAGCACAUUUGAUUCCUUUCCUCAGGCCCUGCUCACCUGCUUUCAGAUCCUAACAGGUGAAGACUGGAAUGUAGUGAUGUAUGAUGGCAUCAUGGCAUACGGUGGACCGGUUUUCCCUGGAAUGAUCGUCUGUCUUUACUUUGUGAUUUUGUUCAUCUGUGGUAACUAUAUUCUGCUGAACGUCUUCUUGGCCAUUGCUGUUGACAACUUAGCAGGAGGAGAUGGAGACAACAAGAAGAAUGAAGACAAAAAAGAGGGUGAAGCAGAACCAGCAGAAGGAGAGAAUGGAGAGGUGAAGGUGGAAGUGGAUGAAGAGUACGAGGAGGAAGAGGAGCCUGAGGAGGGAGAUGAUGAAGAAGGGAGAACUCAGCUCAAUGUUGCUGACUUCGCGCCUCCUAAAGAGAAGAUUCUUCCUAUCCCAGAGGGCAGUGCGUUCUUCUGCCUCAGCAAUACCAACCCGAUAAGAGUGGGCUGCCAUACCCUGAUCCAUCACCACAUCUUCACCAAUCUCAUCCUGGUCUUUAUUAUUCUCAGCAGCAUUUCUCUGGCUGCAGAGGAUCCCAUCAGAGCUCACUCCUUUAGGAACAAUGUGUUGGGAUAUGCUGAUUAUGCUUUUACUUCCAUAUUCACCGUGGAGAUCUUACUGAAGAUGACAGUUCAUGGCGCGUUCCUCCACGAGGGUUCCUUCUGUAGAAACUGGUUUAAUCUGUUGGAUCUGUUGGUGGUCAGUGUGUCUCUGGUCUCCUUCUUCUUACAUUCGAGUGCCAUCUCUGUAGUGAAGAUCCUGAGGGUGCUCAGAGUGUUGAGGCCUCUUCGAGCCAUCAACAGAGCUAAAGGACUCAAGCAUGUGGUACAGUGUGUGUUUGUUGCUAUAAGGACCAUCGGGAACAUCAUGAUUGUCACCACUCUACUUCAGUUCAUGUUUGCCUGCAUCGGUGUCCAGCUUUUCAAGGGCAAAUUUUAUCGCUGCACAGAUGAAGCUAAAAACACCCCGGAACAGUGCAAGGGCACAUUUGUAGUGUAUAAAGAUGGAGAUGUGAGUCACCCGAUGGUGAGAGAGAGAAUCUGGCUCAACAGCGACUUCAACUUUGAUAAUGUGCUGAUGGGAAUGAUGGCUCUCUUCACCGUCUCUACUUUCGAAGGCUGGCCAGCGCUGCUCUAUAAAGCCAUUGAUGCCAACGGCGAGAAUCACGGCCCCAUUUAUAACUAUCGUGUAGAGAUUUCGAUAUUCUUCAUCGUCUAUAUCAUCAUCAUUGCCUUUUUCAUGAUGAACAUCUUCGUGGGUUUUGUCAUCAUCACCUUCCGUGAGCAAGGAGAGGCUGAGUUCAAGAACUGCGAGCUGGACAAAAAUCAGAGACAGUGUGUUGAAUAUGCCCUAAAGGCUCAGCCGCUGAAGCUGUACAUCCCCAAAAACCCAGUGCAGUACAAGUUCUGGUCUAUAAUCAACUCCACAGGGUUCGAGUACGUCAUGUUUGUGCUGAUUCUCCUCAACACUGUUACUCUGGCUGUGCAGCAUUAUGACCAGUCAAAGUUAUUCAGUCAAGUGAUGGACAUCCUCAAUAUGGUUUUCACCGGCCUUUUCACUGUGGAGAUGAUCAUUAAACUGAUGGCUCUCAGACUUAGGCAUUAUUUUGUGGACGCAUGGAACUCUUUUGAUGCUCUGAUUGUUGUUGGAAGUGUGGUGGACAUUGUGGUCACAGAGUUCAGCAAAAUCAAUCAAAUGAAUGUGAACAUGAAUAGCAAUUGAUUUGUUAUUCCUAAAGAUCUUUUCUCUGUUUUUCUCUGUUAGAGCUCAGAGGACAGUUCUCGUGUAUCCAUUACAUUCUUCCGCCUGUUUCGAGUGAUGCGAUUGGUUAAGCUGCUCAGCAAGGGUGAAGGAAUUCGUACACUGCUCUGGACCUUUGUGAAAUCACUCCAGGCACUGCCGUAUGUCGCUCUUCUGAUAGCGAUGAUUUUCUUCAUAUAUGCUGUGAUUGGAAUGCAGACAUUUGGGAAGAUCGCCAUGCAAGACCAUACGCAAAUCAACAGGAACAACAAUUUUCAGACCUUCCCACAGGCUGUGCUGCUUCUUUUUAGGUGCGCUACAGGUGAAGCGUGGCAGGAGAUCAUGUUAGCCAGUCUACCAGGAAAGCGAUGUGACGCAGAGUCAGACCUCGAGCCUGGUGAAGAAUUUUCCUGCGGCAGCAACAUUGCCAUUGUCUACUUCAUCAGUUUCUUUAUGCUCUGCGCCUUCCUGAUUAUUAAUCUGUUUGUCGCCGUCAUUAUGGAUAAUUUCGACUAUCUGACUCGUGAUUGGUCAAUUCUUGGCCCACAUCACCUGGAUGAGUUCAAAAGGAUCUGGUCAGAGUAUGACCCAGAAGCCAAGGGUCGUAUUAAGCACCUGGAUGUAGUGGCUUUGCUCAGGAGGAUCCAGCCACCGCUUGGAUUUGGGAAGCUCUGUCCUCAUCGCGUGGCCUGCAAGAGGCUGGUGGCCAUGAACAUGCCCCUGAACGCUGACGGUACGGUGACCUUCAAUGCCACCCUGUUCGCCCUGGUCAGAACUGCCCUGAAAAUCAAAACCGAUGGGAACCCGGAUCAAGAGAACGAAGAGUUGAGAAUUAUUAUUAAGAAGAUCUGGAAGAGAACAAAACCCAAAGUUCUGGAUGAGGUUAUUCCUCCCCCUGCUGAGGAGGAAGUGACUGUGGGUAAAUUCUACGCUACGUUCCUGAUCCAGGACUAUUUCAGGAAGUUCCGGAAAAGGAAGGAGAAAGUGGGUCUUGGAGAAGAAGAAGGGAAUGGAAACCCUACUGCUCUACAGGCAGGGCUGCGAACUCUGCAGGAACUGGGGCCAGAAAUGAGACUGGCCAUGAACGAAGAUCUGGAGGAGGAAGAGGAGGGUCUGGAGGAGGAGCAAGAGGAGGAUGAUGCUCAAUAUAAGAAUGAAAAUGGCUACGCACACACUGAGCCCUUAAGCAGAAGCCGGCGCUCCUCUUUGGCCACUACUCCAAGUGGCGGCCCUGUCCCUGUCCCAGGAGAUGGCAUUUUGAAUGGGGGACUGGGACGUAGGAGCUCGCUUGCAAAAACACCAAACGGGAACGGAGCUCUGGAGAAUGAGAACUUCAGGAGAAGAGACAGCGUGCGCUCCUCCAUUCAUUACCAACACAAGAAUGGUGUGAUUGACCAACUGCCCAAGAGACCAUCAUACUACAAAUACCCAAGGAGAGACUCCAGGGACAGAUUCUCCUCUCCUCUUUCUCGGAGAGAGGAAGGUGGUGAGUACCCUGGAGAGCAGCGCUUCUAUGGAAAAGACGAGGACAGCGAGAGUGUCAUCUCGAGAGAAAGGCAUGGUUAUCCAGAGGACAGCACAAUUUUCCCAGGACAUAGAGACAUGUAUGAUGGACACUCUAUGAGACACCCUGUCUAUGGAAAUCAUUAUGGAAACAGUUAUGGAGACGGCAGAAGAACAGCACGGAGACGCCUGCUGCCAGCAACACCUACAGGGAGAAAGGCUUCGUUUAACAUACAGUGUUUAAGAAGGCAAGGCAGCAGCGAUGAUCUGCCCAUUCCAGGAACAUAUCAUCAGAACUCGCCGCCCUGCAGAGCACGCUCACAGGGAUACAGCAGUUACGAUUCCCGUCGCAGCAGUGCUCGAUCAUCCACCGGUUCGACAGCGUCCUGGGCAAACACAGGUCCUCGACGGGGUCGCCUCCUCUACGCUCCUCUUAUCCUGGUAGAGGAGGAGGGAGCAGCAGGAGCUGGGGGUGUUGGCAUCUGGGACAAAAAGCCAAGUGGCGUCGGACUGCCUGCAUCAGUUCAGCAUCCCGGCUCAGGAUGGUACUCGGGACCCUCUGCUGGUGGAGGGGGGCAGCCGUACAGAGCCUACACCACCCUCAGAGUCCCGACACAACUCAGUCCUCACUACAGCGAGAAGAGAGGCAGCGCCGACAGCCUGGUGGAAGCGGUCUUGAUCUCGGAGGGCUUAGGUUUGUAUGCCAAGGACCCAAAAUUUGUAGCCUUUGCCAAGCGUGAGAUUGCAGAUGCCUGUCACAUGACCAUAGAUGAAAUGGAGAGCGCCGCGAGUGACCUCCUGCACCGAGGAGGCUCUGAGAAAAGCCAAAAGUUCCUGAACCACACAGACACAGGGCUCGUAUACAGCGACGAGGAGCCCAUCAGGAGCCACGAGGAAGAGGAGCUGGCGGACGAAAUGACCUGCGUUACAUCUUUCUGAAAAACUGAAUAAAGACAGGACAGCAGUGGGCGAAGUUACAAAACUCCCGACUGACCAAUCACAUAUUAAUGCUGUGAAAGAAAGCAGCUCUGGCUUACCUUUCAUCUUUAACUGCAGAUCGCUGAAAGGACUCUUUUUAUAAACUGCUGAAAAUGUCAAUUGUUUUUGAUAUGUUUAAAUGUGUUUCUAUUCUCUUCUUGUUUUUGUCUGUAUGGUUUGUUUUUAAGCAUCAUUUAC